CUUACCACAUUGCUUACUUCUCCGCAUGGGUCAGAGUUUUCGGUGUUUUGGAGGUAUUUUAAGAAGAAAUUGUGUUAGAGAGUCCGUGUAGCAAUGGAUGUUGGUAUAAGCAGUUACAAGGGGGACAGAAAAAAUGCCAGGAUGGAAGGAGAAGGAGAGUACACCUUUCUCACAGGAGCUAAGUAUGUAGGAGAGCUAAAAGACGGGAUGUUUCAUGGCAAAGGAGUGCUACAAUUUCCAAACGGGAGUAAAUAUGAGGCCACCUGGGAAAAUGGCAAAGCUCAACAGGGCUCCUUUACCUUUGCUGAUGGCCUGCAGUACCAGGAGAAGGACUGGGACUACUGUGAUGGUUACGACAGACGCUUCUACAGCGAACGGUGCAAUGGACUCAGACCUGCAGGAGAGUCUCAGCUAACUGAUCUGCAUCCGCCACGUGUCAUUCCUGAUGGAUGUUACGAUUGUGGAGAUGGUUUCUAUGACCCUAAUACCCGAGUCAUCACUUCCUACUCUGGCAGAUUCCUCAGGAAUGCAGAUGACUCCGAGCAUGAGUGGAUUGUGCGGACAUGCCGGAAAGCUUGUGAUGAAGUUGUUGGCAUUUAUCCCGAAAACUCCUGCAACCAGACCUAAAGAGAGUAACUGUUGAGUACUACAAACCUCAUUGUUAAAGCAUUUUUGUAGUCAAAUUAAAAAAAGUUU